AGCCAUUUCGUGGUGGAUUGCCGAAAGUCGCCUCGAAACUUGAACUCUGCAUAUCUUUAAAGUGCAACGAUGCGAUACUGAAGAGUCACGUUACAACAGAGCCUACCCAAUACUUGUCUAAUACCGCUUAUCUUUUUUGAAACUUCUCCCCCGUACUUCACUUCUCACGUUCCUUUUCUCGUACUCUUCUCUCUUGUUUUUGCCCUCUUCUUUAAUCUAGUCCCACCCGUUGCGCGACAUUGCCGACGUCCGGGAGCGACACGCACACGCCACCGCGAACCCCUCCAUCCCUGACCUGUGACCCAACUCAAGUCAGACCCCGUCGUUGCUCUACCUUCAAAGACAUUUUUGGAUUACUAGGACCGGCCUACUAUUCACUCAUAAUGCGUCUCUUCGGCGGAAAGAACAACAAGAUCAAGGUCGACCCUCCCAAGAUCAGGAUCGAAAAGGUUGUCGUCGACCGACCUGCUCAGAAGCCUAAGCCUAAAUCCACUUCCGCACUCAGCGGCUCAGCAUCGCGCUCCUCCUCUUCUCACCGUCCCUCGCCGAAACCACUGGCACGACAGGCUAGUCACUCGCCGUACCCCUCAUCUUCCGACGAGAAGCGACUCGAGCGUAAGCGCAAGGCACCGUCCGUCACCCGUCGAUCACCGGCUAGCGACCGUAUCGAGUUCGACAAAGACAGUGAUGGCGAAGACGAUGGAUGGAUGACUCUCGAUACCAAGAGACAACGCAAAGGCACGGAAGACGGCAGCUUUGUUGACCCUAACCGCAAAUUGAGAAGCGUAAGAGCCUUUGAGGAUCGUAUGGACAGUCGAAGUUUCAUUCAUGCCGUGGAUGUGGCCUCGCUUGAGCACAAGUGCGUACCUGUGAUGGGCGCACAGAAAGAGGAUGUAGCUAUCCGACUACAAUAUCCCAGCUUACAACCUCGAGAGAAGUAUGAGCUAGUAUGGGGAAAAGACAAGAUCGAUGCCGUCGAAGCUAGCAUCAAGGUGGUUCGCCAUGUAGCCGAAACAUACCUCACCGAAGAGGAAGCAGAGCCUUUCACAAAUCCUAAUGGUGGUAUCAUUCGAAGACUUGAAAAGGCGUCUAACCGGAACAUCCAGGAUUUGAUGGGGUUCAAGGCAGCUCUGCGCGAAUACAACGAAAAGCUUCGUGCUCUAGUCGAGGACGGUGUAAUUGCCAAGAACCUCGAUAAGAUGCAUGAGCUCCCCCAGCACCUUGUGGCUUUCAUUCUCGAUCAAAUUUAUGACCGAACAGUGGCCCUAAAGGUGGAACUUCUUUCAAAGUAUGAGAACGGAACCGACUAUGUCUAUGGCGAACUCCUCCACCCUUUCAUUUCUAAGAUUUUGGUAGAGCAGACACGAAUGACCUCUGGUCAGGUCUUCGUUGAUCUCGGCUCAGGUGUUGGUAAUGUGGUUUUGCAAGCGGCUCUCGAGAUUGGUUGUGAGAGUUGGGGUUGCGAGAUGAUGGAGAAUGCCUGCAAUCUUGCUGAGGAGCAAAAGAAGGAGUUUGAUGCCCGAUGCAUGCUCUGGGGGGUUCGACCUGGCAAGGUUCACCUGGAACGAGGCGAUUUCCGCAAGAACUUGCCCAUCCAUGAGGCCCUCAAGCGUGCAGAUGUUGUGCUCGUAAACAACAAGGCCUUCACCUCACAGUUGAACGAUGACUUGGUCCGUAUGUUCCUGGAUCUUAAAUCGGGCUGCAAAAUUGUGUCGCUCAAAUCCUUUGUCGCGGAAAAGAGCAACAACCACAACAUCAACGACGUUGGCAGCACCAUCCUGGAGGUGGAAGAGUGCACAUACCCUGAGGGUUAUGUGAGUUGGACUAAUGCAGGAGGAUCGUACUUCAUUUCGACGCGUAAGUAGACUAUAGAGCUUCAUAAGCAUUCAGUGGCAGAGAUUAUGGUGUUGGAGAAAUAGGGAUAGGGCAGACGGAUACAUCAGCGUGGGGUAUAAGGAUAUGUUCGGACUUACAGGAUACUCCAUAUAGUAUUUGUUUUUUUUUUUCGGUGACAUCGUGGCUCUUUUCUCUGUUUGACCUGCUUCGUUUUGCGUCAUGGACCGUCGACUAUCGUCCCUUUUCGAAGAUGGGUUCGUUGGCGAGGUUCAUAGCAUCUGCUUCUUGUGCCAUCCUCUUCAUCCAUCUGUCCACUAGUUCUUUGUUCUCCUUCUUCACCUUAUCUCUUUCCUUCUCGGCCAUGGACAUUUGUAGAUUCAGCGCAAUCAUCUCAUCUUGUACUUGCUGAUGUUGCUGUGAGCAACGAAGAUGUUGAAUUGCAGCAUUUGGGUCACACGUACCUCAAUAAGCUUGCGCUUUUCCCUCAACUCGUAUUCUCGAUCCUUUAGUCUGGUGGUAAGACUAUUUCUAUCGGCCGUGAGGUCGCGGAUUGAUUUCGUAUCUGCCUUGUGCUUUGCCCGUAGCUGCAUCAACUCUUCCUCGCCCGCGCGUAAUCGCUUUUCGGUAACACCCUUUGAUCGAAGGGCUUCGGCGAGAUCCUGUUUUAGUUGCGCAACACCAGGAUCGUUUGUUGAGGGUUCAGUGGGUUGCGCAGUUGGCGUCCCGCUAUUUGCGACCAGCGCUUCUAGCCCAUUCUUCUCAGCCUCAAGAGCAGAUAUGCGGUCUGCCAUCUGCGAACCUUGAAAUAAUUGUCAGUUUGAUGAACCUUUCGUAUCCUCGCGUGAUACUGUCGCAUGCUGGAGGAGGGGUUAUGUGGGGGUGCUGUUACGAACAAGCCUGAACAAGCUCCAUGUUGACGGGAUUACUGAGCUCUGCAUCCUUAAUGGAUGAGAGAUACUGGUCACGCCAGUUUGGCAUUGUCAGUCAGUAUGAUGUGUGUGAUGGUCGACAAAUGAUGAGAUUUCGAUGUGGAUGAAAUUAGGUUGAGUAAAAGUGAUGAGAGAAUGAGUUGGGUCGACAGAGUGACUUGGAUGCACUUGCACCGCUC